UACACCCACCCACCCCCUCACAUUCGGGUGUUGCGUUCUUCAAUGUCUGAUUCUACCCUUCCCGACCUGCUGCUGCUGUCGAUUGAUUUCGUGUAAACAGUGGCGCGCUUGGUUGCGUUUUCCGCAGUACUUCUCUGUGUGUGUAGCGUUUUGGUGAAUCCUUGUUUCUGAUGCCCACUGAACGCAGGAGCGUCCGAGUGAAGACUGGAAAAAUGAAUCUUCGUUCCGUGCCAGUCAGUCUUCGAUUGGAUAUGUUAGGUGCCGUACCACUAGCUGCUGUGCUCGCGGGACUGCGUAUAGUACUGCCGUGUGUUUAAGUGUUGGUGAUUCUCUCCAGGAUACGAAAAAAUAUUUGAAUAAGAAAUAAACUUUCAAAUUCUGACGUGAUAAGCGUAAUCAGAUUUAUUGAAGUGUACAUAUAACUAUUUCGGGAUCAUUUUGAACGAUGCCAGUGCAGUGACGGUGUUGUUACAUGGUCAACCAGAUAUUUUGUUUACAUAGUAACAAAGGGACAUAAAACAUAUUUGUAAGCGUACUUGCGUAUAUUAUGCGAGCUUGUUGAACGCUUCUGUGUGUUGGUGAAUAAUGAAAGUUACCUGUUAGGACAAAUAAGAUCGAAUAUCCUUAUCGUUCGGGAGCUCCUCCGAAACGCAAUUUUGUAGCAAGUGAAAAUUCCGCAGAACAUACACUUUUUGUCAAGAUGUCCAGUGUGCAACUGUACAAGUCACGCACGUUCGUGCUAAUUUGGCAUCUGAUUGCUAUCAGCCAAUACUAUUACGCCAUCUACUUCGAUAGAUACUUUGUGAUAAUCCCGGACGAUUUGAACAUCCCCAAAAUGAUGCGCCCUAGCGAAUACGGAGGAAGGUCCAAGUUCCUGACAUAUUGGUGUUUGAUUCUUCAAGCAGCUUACUUUACAAUAUGCCUGAUAAACGAUUUUAUCGGUACCAACGAAGUAGCGCCGCGGAAAACUCCACUGAUAAGGAAACUUAAAGAUUACACCCUAGCGGCGUUUGCCUUUCCGGUGGCACUUAACGUUGGCGUUACCUUCUGGACACUGAUGGCCAUUGACCGGGAAUUAGUUUUCCCUAAGGCACUGGACGCAGUCUUCCCAGGCUGGCUUAACCACGUAAUGCACACCAACAUUGUGAUUUUCAUGAUCUUGGAGAUCUGCACCAGUUUCCGGCAGUACCCCUCCCGAAAGAACGGUCUCACUGGAUUAGGUCUUUUCAUGGCUUGCUAUCUUGUAUGGUUACACGUCAUACGCCACUUUGGCGGUAUCUGGGUCUACCCGGUGCUGGAUGUACUGAACCUUCCACAGCGUGUCAUAUUUUUUGUUGUCAGUUUGGGUUUUUCGGUUGCCCUUUACUUAUUCGGCGAGUUCUUCAAUAAUUUGAUCUGGACUAAGGAGCUGAAGCAACUAAAAACCGGCACAGCCAGUAAGAAGUCGAAAUAAAGUACUCAUUUCAGUUGUGUACCCGUUUCGUUUAUGCAUGAUAAACAAAAAAAAGCAGUGCGCUCUCGGUUGUUUUGUGUUUGGUGAUUGCUGGCUGAAACUGCUAAAAAUCCAAAUAAAUUACUGCACCAUCACCAGCAUGCUUUCAGUCGAACAUUAUUAAUACCUCUGAUUGUGUGGUUUGUGCAGUCUAACAAACAUACUAUGAAUGCAUGUACAUGUACAUUAAUUCUGCGCUUAAAAUCAAAUAACUUAUUUUUCAUUUAGAACAUUUUGAACUGGUACAACCGUCAGAAGGAACAACAUAAUCGAUGUUUAUUUUAAACAAUAGAUACCGAGAGCAUAGAUUUUGUAGGAGUUAAUAACUACGAAUAUACGGUUUUAGCGAAAGCCUCUAUUGAAGACAAACAGACAUGACACACUAAACAGUUACGUGGAAAAUAAAUAAUUUGGGCGAUUAUUUAGUGCGCGUAUUUUCGGCAUUUCUCUUUUAUGUCAAUCGAGGUACAAAUGACUUACACAAAUAAUGAAAAAUCAAACGUUACUCUCGAAACAACCCAGGCACAUAAAUUAAUUUCGUGAGAAUAACACAUUAAAACAACAAAUGCCGUGCACUACUACAGGGUAAUGACCACAUUUUAGCCCUAUUAGGGAUUCACAAGUAAUGAAUUUCCUCGUUAUUUGUUUAUAACUUUGAGAUGGACAAUGACAAAUCUGAUCUCAAUAAAUUAAAUAAUGUUUAAAGCGAUUUCGAUUUGUUGGGGGUUAUCCAAAUAUUUGUAAUGUGUCAUUACUGUUUGCCUACAAAUGUAAUCGAAAUAAAAGUUUAUUGCAUAUGCUGUGCUAAUUAUAGUAUGUAAUAUACUGCACAAGUGCAGCUAAUUUAGCGAAAAUACACCAUGAGCAACAAGAUAUGCGACCAAAUUAAGCGGUGAUAGUAGUAUGGUGUUGAACAGUACAACCCUUGGGAGAAAGUAGAUGUCAGCUAGAUUUACAAAACAAAUAUAUUGGAAUAUUCAGGAAAACUCACCAUUUUCAUCACAUACGAAAGCUCGUGAAUCAGAAAAUUGUUUUUAGCACCGUCAAUUCGACAAUUUUCACUACCCGUGAUCGCAUAUUAUUCCAAAUAUUUUUAGCAAAGUUCAUUCAUAUUGUGAUUCUGCGUAUAUUGUUUCACUAUUUGUUGUGAAAUUAGUCUUCAUGUCAAGCUAAGUUGAGAUAUACUUAAAGAUAUAACUUGGUCAAUAAAAGCAGCAAUGAGAGAAUGCAUAGGUGUUACUCCCAAAUCUUGCAUUCUAAGAUAACACCAUUUAGAACUGUUAGAUUAUAUUUCAAAUGUGUAUUUAUUUGCUUGUGAUAAAGUACAAGUCUAAGCUAUAGUGGAUAUGACGCAAAUUUUUGGACUUAGUUUUCUAGAAAAGAUGAAUAUAGGAAUAUUUAGGUGUCGAGUAGUAGUCAAGUUAGUCAAUCUAGCAUUUAAGGUUGUAUAUCUUACAUCCUCCGGAUUUUUGAUAAUGGCAUCAUCAAAUUGCUAAAGAUGAAUUAAAUUCGUAUUUACGAGAAAGUCACUAUCCGCGACACAGCAAUCGAAUCUUCUUAUUGUGAACCAAGUUAAAUUCCGUAUAAUUACAGAGUAUUAAAAAAUCUUAUCCUCGAAAAAA